AUGGAAUCUCCUGUGAGUGCAUCUCAAUCUCAGCCUGACAUUAAGAAGUUCAUUAAACACAUGCACAAAAAAAUAGAAGAAAUUAGAGUACAGAUGUUUGAUUCCAAACAAGAUUAUGAAAAAUUAAGAAGUGAAGCCAAAUCUCUGGAAUCUCAAAAUAACGCCGAAAGCAAUGAUAUAACUAAUAGGAUACUUGAUGAGCUAGAUAGGCUAGAAAAUCAAUUUAAAAAGCAGAUUAAUGAAGAAAAAACUGAAGUCAGCUUCUUGAAGCAGCAAAUUGCAAGUGUGACCCAAGAAAAGAUAAAGCUUGAACAAAAUUGUUUGCUAUUAGGAACAAGAGUAGAUGAAGCUGAAAGGGUGGUGGGAAUUGAGCUAACUCUGCCUUCUAUUGAAGAUAUUAGACAUUUCUAA